AUGUCUUCUUCUUCAUCAUCAUCCUCCAAAAUAAUGGAAGCAUCCGUGGUGGCAGAUUUGCUUUCUGCCUUGGAAGACGAUGAUUUGAAGGAUGUUUCCUUGAUUGCCAAAGAUGGUCGCGAGAUUAGAGCGUGUCGUUUCUUGUUGGCGGCUCGCAGCAAGAUGCUCAAGCGCAUGCUCUAUGGUAGUUUCAAAGAGUCAACGGCAACGCAGAUUGAAUUGCGACAAUACACGGCCACUAUUUUGGAGGCAGUGGUGGAGUACUGCUACCGCAACCGAGUGCCCGCACAUAUUUUGACCACCGACCGUUCGGCCGAAACGAUUCGGACACUGGUGCAGUUAGCUCAAGCCGCCGAUUAUCUGGAAAUUCCAGGUCUGGUGGCCGACACGGAGGCAUGGGUCCAACGUCGUGUAUCGGAACAUCCGCGUCUGGCAUGUCCCGUCUUUGACGAAGCCGAUGAAGGAUCCGAUCUGUUUGAUUGUGCCUGUCGCAUGAUCCAGUGUCGACCUCAUGUGGCAUUGGCACCCGAUGACAAGGGACAAGACGGUUCUUCCUCCUAUUAUGCAGGUGGGAUCGAAUGUCUCAAACCCAAUCGCAUUGAAGCACUCAUGAAAGACCAUGAAAUUGAAGCAGGAGAACUCUUCCUGUUUGAAAUGCUCAAACGAUGGGUAGAUCAUGCCGCCGAUUAUCACCAGGCCGAAGCGCUGCAAGUAGCACGAGAAUGUGGCAAAUACUUCCGACUGCAUUACAUUGAACCGGACGAGCUACUUUCGACCGUUCAGAAAUCAGGACUCUUCCCCGCCAACCUCAUUGUCGAAGCCAUCAUGCGUCAAGCCCUCAAAGCUUCUCAAAAUCGAGUCUGGUCCAUCAAUUGUCGAGGACGAGACAACAAUGUCGACAGAGUCCUCGUCGAAAAAAGCGGCCAUCCAGAAGUGAAUGGAGUCUACUACCGAAUCAAGGGGCUCAACAAGGGAAAUGACGUCUACAGCAAACAUGAAGUAUCCUGUGGGCAGCUACUCGUAUACACACUCUCGUGCACAACAAAGGAUGAUACCAUUGAAUCACGCAUCUUUUGCAGCAAAGUCCUCACGCACCGGGCCAUUCACAAUCUACUGACACUGCACAAACAACCUGUCAUUCCAGUCGCUUCCAUCUUCCAACCUCUUCUUCAAGUGAUUCGGAUCGAAAAGCCCAAAAAGCUGCACGACAAUUCGCCCCUAUCCAAACUUUGCAAGGUGGAACUAUCGGACGGCGACCACUCCAUGUCAGGGACACUGGCAGAAGACCUUACCAAACUAGUGCAAGACGGAUUGAUCCAGGAAUUCUCCUUGGUCAAGGUGCUAGCUUGCGAUGCCUAUGAAUUGGGUGGUCGACAAUGGGUCCAUGUCAAAGAAGUAUCCAUAAUAGGUGCCUGUCCGGGAUGUCCAUUGGGAGAUCCAACGGGAGUCCGGGUGUUGGAAGAUUUGGAGGGCACGUCGUUGGACAAUGCUGGACUCCAAAAGCUUUACUCUUGCUACUACCCGGUCGAUCAACAAGCCAAGGAUUCCAAGAUCCCUCGUAAAGGCUGGAACGUGGAAGAGUUUGGAGUGGAACCGGUGCCACGAUGUACUCUCAUCCCGGCAACCUCGAGACGGUUUGGGGACCUGUCGACGUGCAAUUCAAAUGAUGAAGGCGACUCGUCAUAG